ACCCAUAUACUCACAACAUUCACGUGGGUGCUCUCAGUGUCUUCAAUAACAUCUCUCCCCAUUCAUUGUCUAUGGAGCAGCUCCACACUUUGUACCCUAUGACAUCACAAGUUUGAGUUUUAGCGCUCUAGUUUUUGGAUUUGGGAUAGAGUUGUACAUGUUUACUAAUAUUUUUUGGACUGUCUUAGACCAUAGGAAUAACAUGUAUGAAUUUUGAAAAUGGGUAUAGUUCCCCUUUAAAUAUGGAAGUAAAAGGUAUCAAAUAAAUGUCAAGUCAGCUCUGCAUAACAGACUCAGGUGCACAAUAAUAACAAAGUGCCAUGUGGUGUUCAUGAAGACACUAGCCAGUUCAAGGGACAGCCCUUUUUGGCACCACUGACUUGUAUCUCAACUUGGUGUCAUAAUGCCUCUGACCAAUCGAUUUACCUCGACCAGCUGGAAAAUUGUCUAACAGUUCCCCUCCCUCCAGGAUGUCUCAGGCCAAUGAAGCCCUCCACCACCAGCACCAUGUGGCCCAGAACAGCCUGCUGCCACUCCUUAAUGCAGGAGCUGAUCAAAUUGACCAGAAGCCCAUCUUGCCCAUCCACCUAGACCAGAAGCCCAUCACCAGUGCCGCCGAACUCCUCAAAGACAAUGUGGCCAGCGGAGGAGGCGUGCGGCAACCAGUGCCUGUGAUAAAGAAGGAGCACAAAGGCAAAACGCCGUUCGUCUGCGGCUACUGCAACAAGGCCUUCCGCGACAGCUACCACCUGCGGCGUCACGAGUCCAGCCACACCGGUAUCAAGAUGGUGUCACGGCCAAAGAAGACCGCCCAGACGGCCCCCACCAUGGUGCCCAUGAUCUGCACCAUGCCGCGGGAGAACAACGGCAACCCUUCCUACAUCUCCACGGUGGCGGGCAUCCUCUCCACGGCGACCACCUCGGUUUCCUCGGGCGCAAGCAUCAUGACGUCACACGCGAUGGGCAACGUGCAGCAGCAGCACAACGUCCCCAAGAAACCCGCCAAACCUGUCAAGAAAAACCACGGGUGCGAGAUGUGCGGCAAGGCCUUUCGCGACGUCUACCACCUGAAUCGCCACAAGCUGUCCCAUUCAGACGAGAAGCCUUUCGAGUGCCCCAUCUGCCAGCAACGCUUUAAAAGGAAGGACCGGAUGACCUACCACGUUCGCUCUCAUGACGGGGGAGUCCACAAGCCCUACGUAUGUUCUGUGUGUGGGAAAGGCUUUUCCAGGCCAGACCACUUGAGCUGCCAUGUGAAGCAUGUGCAUUCCUCAGAAAGACCGUUUAAAUGUCAAGUAACGGCCUGUACCUCUGCUUUCGCCACCAAAGACCGACUCCGUUCCCACAUGAUCAGGCAUGAAGGCAAGGUCACCUGUAGCAUCUGUGGGAAGAUGCUCAGCGCAGCGUACAUCACCAGCCAUUUGAAGACUCACGGGCAGACCAACUUCAACUCCUGUAACAAAGAUGGUAACGGAGUCUGCAAUUCUUCCUCAGCUACACCUGUGACCAUUUCCGCCCCCAUCACCUCAGCGAUGAACCGGGGCCACUCCAACCACCCCAUCACCAUCGCCGCUCAAAUGAACAUUAGCACCAACACGGUCAACAUCACGUCCCCGAUCAGCCUCCAGCACCCGGUCACCAUCACCGGGCCCGUCAACAUCAGCUCCGUCAACAUCCCCACCACGGCGCACAUGAAUCUCGCCCACCCGGUCGCCAUAACGACCACCAUGCCAAUGAACAUGGCCGGUCCGCUCAACAUCGCCAUGCGGUCAAUGGAUAGCAUGCCUUUUCUGUCCCAAGUCUUGCCUUCUUCCCCACCCUGGUAAAGGAGCGGAGGAGAGAGAGAGAGCGCUGAACUGGCCAGAAAGAAAGGGAAAAUGAAGUGAAACAAGAGACUCCUGUUCUCAUUAUUUGCACCUCAAGCCCAGCUCUUUCUCCCCCCACCGAACCAUGUUUACUUACCCCCGAAGUGAAUAUUUACACGAGCCUCGCGGCCGGUAGGAGCUCCCCAAGUCACAGCUGCGUCCCGACUCAUGUUAAGCAACAUGACAGGAGACGCAGGACACUUGAGUAGAAAUCGAGUAGGGUUUAUCUUGAAAUCAGGACGACCGUAAAGACUUAGCGUAGUCAGUUAGAAUGAUGAAACUGUGAUUUGUAUAACGACAAAACGAGAGGAGAGGAUUCCUCGAGCACCCCUCGAGGACUCCGUAGGAAAAACACACCUGUGCUUUUUUGUAAAAGGGAGAUGAGAAACGGACUGAAGCAAUAACAAUAAAUUGCUGUUUUUGAUGUUUUUACAAGUUCUCUCCCAAAGCCUCUGGGUGUUACUUUGUAUGUUGUAUUUUUUUUUUUUUUUUUUUUUUAAUUAUAGCCUGCUAAUCACUAUUUAAUGUUAUAGGAAAUGAGUCUAGUAAAAGGGACAGCCGCUUCCAUUUGCAUGGAAGAAUAUUUUUUCACAGUGCUAUUAGCUUUUCUUUUUCCUUCUCAGAUAGUAGGUAUGCUCUUGAGGUACAGUGACUAACUUGUACAGUUGACAUAGUAAUGUAUUUUCAUGUCAGCAUUUUAAUUUUUUUGUCAUUCAAGUGGAUAUCGCGACGCUUGUCCUCUUGAUAAUGAAAUACUUUGUUUUCUAUCAGUAUGGAAACACAAAGGUUUUGUUUUUAUUUGCCUUUUUGUAGUGUUGUUGUUUUUUUUCCAUGAAGUCAGAGUGGAAUGAGUCUUGCACUGAAAGCAUAUCCUACAUUACAGGUGAACAGCAGUAUUAUCAAAGAUCAAAUUGGAGUCUUAAGUGUUUGUGGUUAGCCAGCCUGCACUUGAGGGCCAUCUAGUGGCUGAACACGGAAAAUGGCCUGGCCUUGUAGUGGAGCUUUUUCAGGCUGUUACUGUCACCAUAAUGGUGACUCAUUAGUUUUGUCUGACUCUUCUGUACACUGUUUUUUAUUUUUAUCAUUUAUUUGUGAUCGCCCCCAAGAUGAUACGAAGGACCCUUCACUCAGGAAACACACAUAAAAGCCCAUCUCACAUGAACUUUUUAAAUUGAUCGACCAUGUAUCUUGAUCUCUCCAUGUUCCUUUUUCGAUUUCCUAUAUAAUUUGGCAUUGUUAAAAGACUUCCAUAAGGGGCAAGAAGUCCAACAGUUAUUGGUUUUAAACAUAGCCGUCCAUUUAAAUAAUCAUUUACUGUGCAACAAUGGUAUACAUGCUGUACCCUUUUUACCUUAAUUUCAGUCUCAGUUAUGUGGCUGAUAUCUGAACGAGUUUGAUAAAAAUGCAAGUUUGUGUCCAUAAGAAUAAUGGGACAAGAUUGAUGUUGCAUGACCCCACCCCCCAACACUGUAGCUGUUGAUAAUGAAUGCCAUGUUAUCUCAACAGUGUCGCAGCUCCGAGUUAAUUCAGUUUUAUACUGAAAAAAAUGCAAUAUGCAUGUUUGUCAUUUUCCCGAAGUUUUGUUUUUUAAACAAAACACUAGCGUAGCUUUUUUUUCUUUAUUCUUAUGCAUUUUACGUAGAUACACUAUGAUAGCCUGUUUGCCAAAUUUGAUACAACAAUAAUAAUAAUGUGAUAAACUGGUGGAAUUGAACAUCUCUUUAUUUUUUAGGGGAGAAAAAAAAGAAAUAAUUGGAAAUUCCAGGACCCUUGUGAAAGCAGUUGAAUGUAUAUCUUUGUACAAAACUAUUUUAGUUCCAAGGAUAUGGUAGUUACGAUAGAUGUGAAAGAUAAGAUAACCUUUUUUUUUUAUAUAAAUCUUUUGUAUUAGAACAUUAACAAUGGUAAUUUUGUAUAUAUGAGAGGCUAGGCUUUCUGAUUAGCAGAAAGGUCAAACAUUCCUACAUUUUUUUAAAUGUAUGUUUGUCAAAUUAUUACAUAAAACAUGCGCAAUGUUAUGUGCCUUUUAUUUGGGUUGUCUAAAUAAAAGAAAACCAUCAAAU